CCUCUGUUUUUACUCGGAAUAUAAAACCCUAGAUUUUACCAAUUCGACGAUGAUGAUGCGGUUCCUAGGAAACAACGUCGCUAAGUCUUGUCGCAUGGGGAGGUUGCAGUAUCGUGGUUAUUCAUCCGCCGCCGUCGGUGUGACUACCACCACCAGCAAGAAAAUUGUUGGAUAUUGCUUUAAAGGGGCCUUUUUGUGUGUUGGAAUCGUGUUAGGUGGUGUGACAUCAUCCCCAGUCGCAAAGCAAGUCCAAGAAACUGAAGAGAUGAUCAUGAGGAACGAGAAAUUUCUGGAUGAACAAGAAGCCAUGUUGGAGGGAUAAUUUAGUUCUGGAUUUCUAUCUAUCAAUCACCUAAACUAUAGACAAUUUGGUUGUGUUGUCAUUUGUAUUAUACUCUUUUGCAAAUGAUGUCUUUUGAAUGGUUCAAAUACUACUACUAGUUGCCACUGAAUGUCACUGAAUGAAUCUUUGUUGUGAAUCUUGAGGAUGAAAAAUUGAUAACAUGUUCUUUUACCACCAAUGCUCUUUUGCUGCUGCAUCUUCUCCCUUUCAAAACUUGGAUGUCUUAUUCUGGCUCCUGCUUAUUCCCAAGCAAACAGAAAUAAACUCUCUUUUUGUUU